CGCACUACACUGUUGCAUUUGCAUUCGCCAAAAAAAAAGAGAGAAAAAAAAGCUGGGCGAAAAUGCCAACCGAAUUGGUGGGCCAAAAUCAAGUGAAUCCUAUCUAAAGCAGAGUUUAAGCAACCGAGGCGUGCCCGAGCGAGGAGCAGCAGCUGACCACCAGCGGACGAGGUAGCGAGCGGUAAGAGAAGUGCAUCGUUCAGCGUUCAGCAUUCUGCAUUCUGGCGGACAUGAACGAAGAAAUCGUGCGCGAGCAGCGCGGCGGCGAGGAAUCCUCAUCCUCCGUCUCGCCAAAAACUGCAGCGGCAUCGAUGACGUUGGCCUCGGCGGCCUCGGCCUUGGAAUCGCAGGCGCACUCGCACUCGCACACGACCAGCCCAGCCGCCAGCAGCGCCAGCCCCAGCAGCAAUCCCCCCACCAUUGGAGCAGCUGCCUCUCCGUCGCCAUCGCCAUCUCCGCUGGCGUCCGGCGGGCAGAAGAAGCACCCGAUGCAGCUGGAGCAGCAGCAGCCGCUGCCGCUGCCGCAAUUGAACGCCACCGAUAUGCGCGAACUGCGCGAAAUCAAGCAAUUGCUGUGGGGCGACAAUGUGCGCGAAGAUGUAUUCAAGCGUUGGUCUCAAGGAUUCGAGUUUAGUAAAGUAGAGCCGUCGGCAUUAGUCCAAAAACAGGGCGGCCCAUGUGCUGUGAUAGCGCCGGUGCAGGCGUACUUGCUUAAGAUAAUUAUCAUGGACAUGCCGGGCGUCAAGCUGUCGGAGAUUCCCUACGACAAAUGCCAGAACCUGCUGAUCCAGGCGCUGUGCAACAUCCUGAAGAACUGUAGGGCGCCACGCUACCGCAUCGUCCAUCUCUUGCGCCGUCGUGGAAACGCCACGGAGGAUGGUUCAACCAAAGAGCGCUCGCCAGCUGCCGAGGCAGGAUCUGCUGCUGGUGCUGCGGCUGGCCCAGCCGGAUCGUUCGAAGAGGCAGCCGGAGGCGUGGAGCUGGCGGCCGAGGCCACACCCGGCUCGGUCAACGAGUGGCUGCAGGAACAGCUGUCCAAUCUGGAUCCGCAUCGAGAGCUGUCGCCGGAUGAGUUCCACGAGCGCCUCCACACGCUCCACUUCGAGGAUAUCGCCGCUGUGGCCCGCUACUAUAUGGAGAACUAUGGCCAGCUGGCGAAUACCUACGGCGUACUGCUGUUUAUGUACUCGGUGUUCCUCACCAAGGGCUCAGAGCUGGUGGCCGCCGACAUAUCGGACACGUCGGAGCCCCUGAUACACAGCACCUAUGGCUACGGCGGCCAGUCGCUGAUCAAUCUGAUGCUAACGGGUCGCGCCGUCGCCCAUGUCUGGGAUAACGAGCAGGAUGUCGGCGGCCUGAAGCUGCGCGGCAUCUGCGAGCAGAGCGACAUCGGGUUCAUAACGCUAAUGGAGCAGAUGCGCUACUGCACAGUGGGCUCAUUCUUCAAGAAUCCACGCUACCCCGUUUGGGUGAUGGGCUCCGAUACGCAUUUAACCGUUCUGUUCAGCAACGAAAAGAGGCUUGUCUCGCCAGAGACGCCCUCGGAGACGGGUCGUCGCAUCUUCAAGUCCUACGACCCGGAGGGCAACAAUUUCAUAUCGACCACAAUGCUACGCGAAGUUCUUGCCGCCCUGAAUUUGGUCAGCGAGCCGGCCUACGUGGCGCUCAUGCAGAAGCGCUUGGAUCCGGAGAACUUGGGCAUCAUACUGCUGAACGCAUUCAUGGACGAGUUCUUCCCACUGGAGCGCCGCUCCACGCCGGAUACCUUCGAGCUGAUGCACUACAACGGCAUACCGGGCUCCAAUGAGAGCAACAGGGUGCGCUACUAUUGCGGAUCGGCCAUUCUGCUGGAGGGCGAUCUGAAGUCGAUCUGCACCUCGAACCCUAUGGUCACCUGCCUGCAGACCAAGUGGCCCAACAUCGAGAUCAACUGGCACGACACCCACAUGCCCUCCUUAAAUUGACGCCGUCAAGGGGGCCAGGGGAAGUCGCAGCCGCAGCAGCAGCAGAAGGAGAAGCAGAAGGAGGGCAGGAAACCAAAAGGACGUGGGGGACGCCCAGGAGUGGAGAAGCCACCGCUGUAGACACAAGAAGAAGAAGCGAUUGCACGUUUUUAUUUCAAACACCCUUCAGUUUUUUUUUUAUUUAUUUGAUAACAAUUUUGAAAACUGCUGACACAACAAGAUAUUUAAACACAGCAGCUAAACACUAACAAAUGCGCUUCAAAGAGCUGCAGCCAUGUUGAUGAAUCCGCAGGAGAAUAUAAGAUUUACGCCAAGCGUUGACUCACACAAAACCCACAAAAAAGGUAUAUUCCAUAUGUGCAUAGCUCUAUGCAGCGUGGAAAAUAGAAAACACAAAAAAAAAAUGUAAAAAAAAAACGAAGGGAAACGAAAGAACGUACAUCCAAUAAGAACUCAAACUUAAAUUCAAACAUUGUACGUUUAAAUUUGCAUUGCAAAACCGAAACUCAACUAAAAAUACAGGCAACACAAAUAUACCUUUAUGAAUAAACUAAACUAAAACUAAAAUAAAAACUAACAGAACAGAACAAAUUUAAAUUGAGAAUUAGGCAAAGCGAAAAAACGAGGCGACCCAGGCGGAUGUAUAAGCGAAAUUAGUUUUUUGGCCUUUUACCAGAUUACUUGUAGUGUUAAACCAUUUAAUGAAAUUAAAUAGACACAGAUCACAGAUGCAUGAUGCAUGGUAGACAGGGCUAAGAAAAGGGCUACUUGAGGACUAACAUCAAAGCGAUAGAGACAGGGAAACAGGGAGAGAGAGAGAGAGCAAGCAAAGAUUACUUCGACGUGAAACAAAAAACUAAGUAUAAAUUAACAAGAAAAACAAUUCAAUUUAAAAUAAACAAGAAACCCAAAAAUCUCACUAAAAUGUUGUGCAUUUGUUUUCCAUUGCAGAGCAAUUUCUCCGCCGAGUGUUUGCUAUAUUCCCACUUUUAUUCCAAAGGUGUCAAACAUAAACAAUAUCUAAAUGUGUGUUUAAAUAAGCGUCCGCAACUGGCUUCAAUGUCCCCCUUGUAUAACACGCCCCCAUCUGGAAGCACUAAUUGCAUCCCCACUCCAUUGUAUGUAUUAUAAACCAAAUCAGUUGAGAUAUUAGGGCUACGAUAAGAACAUUUGGAACCGUUUUGUUUGUUCAUUCUUUUGGAAGAACCUUUCCCUCAUAUGUGAUAAGCCAACACCAAACCUAAAUUGAUUCAGUUUAAGAUCGUUGCACCUAAGUAUUACCACUGAAAAUUGGGUAGAGUUAAUCUCACAUUAACCAAAUUAGACUUGAGAUCCUGGGACUUCUUGAGUUCUCGUAAAACGUUUACAAAUUAUUCCAAGUUGCCUGAGUUGCUUAUUACAAAUAGCUUAAAACAUUAACAAUAGCCAUUCUGAAUGUAUUUAUUGAAAUAAAACUGAACUUAACAUUA